AUGGGUAAUAACUCCUCAGUUUAUCUCAAAAAUUUAACCUCACACAAUUCACGCAACUCUGGUUCACAAAAAGCAAAUAUAAGUAGUUUUCGAUGUGUAGGUGGAAGAAAAUUUCAUAAUAUUCGAGGAUCGAGUUAUAGUAUGCCAGUGGAUGAAGAAGAAUGCGAUCGAUUACAGAUUCAGCAUUUCCUAUUUCGUUGUAUAUGGAAAG